UAACAGCAAUGCCAUUUCCAAUGUGAAUUUAGUACAACUCAAACGUAAUAUUCGAUAUGAUUCGUUAGCUCAGUAUUGACAUAUAAGCUCUUCAUUGAACAUGCCACCUUUGUUAUUUUACACAAUUUUGACAUUUGUUGGCUUGACUUGGGCCAGGACGAAAUUUCACCAGAGAAGUGACUCGCGCAUAGUGGGUGGCGAUGAAAUCACCAUCGAUCGGGUGCCAUAUUUGAUAAAUUUACGGCAAAAUGGCCAAUUCUUUUGUGGCGGGUCCUUAAUUACAACUCGUUGUGUUCUAACAGCAGCCCAUUGUGUCUAUAAUGCACCUGUGACCAGCCUAGUGGUAUCUGCAGGAGCUUCAAAACUUUCCGACUACGCUGAAAUGCGGCAGGUGCAACAAUCAUUUGUAUCGGCAUUUUAUUCGCCCAACAAUUUGGAUAUGGACGUGGCCAUUUUAAAAUUAAGCCAACCCCUUCAAGGUCAAAACAUAGCAACUAUACCCUUGUGCUCAACUCAACCGGUGGAUGGUGAUAUAGUUCGCAUCUCCGGUUGGGGUUAUACCAGUGAAGGCAGUGGUCAACCUUCUAAUCAGGUUCGUUCCGCCAAUGUACGUUACAUAUCACGAGAAAAAUGUAUACAAGCCUAUAGGGGCAAAGCGAAGAUAUCCAGCACAAUGUUUUGUGCAACUGUCCCGGGAGAAAAGGACUCAUGUUCCGGUGAUUCUGGUGGCCCUGUGGUCUAUCGUGGUCAAGUGUGUGGCAUUGUAUCAUGGGGUUUUGGUUGUGCUCGCCCUGAUUUUCCUGGAGUUUAUACAAAUGUGGCAAGUUCGCGUGUGAAUUCCUAUAUUAGAAAUAUUGUUAGGCAAAAUUGCAUGUAGCGAAAAACGAAUAAAUAUUUAUUUUCACUUUAAA